UGUCAAACACAUACACAUGACAGAAACACAACUGAAAAGCGCGCUUAAACAACACAUUGUAUACAGAGUGAAUUUUCGGAAUUUUUUGAAGAAUUCAAGAUGUCAUUGGAUUUAAAUUCAAGUGCUGAGCCGGUGAAUUGUUCAUUCAUAUCGGAAAAGGUGUCAAAGAUUCGUUUCGUGCAAGAAAAGUAUAAACAAUCAGACACAUUCGUUACUGGUGGUUGGGGUUCCGAUCCGAAUUCAAUUGGUUUAUGGAAACUCACAAAGGACGAUCUAUCGAAUGAUGAAAAUGAAGUAGAUUAUACACCAAAAUCGAUAUCGAAAAUAAAAGUAGACGGUGAUGUGACUGGUCUCGAAUUUAUCAAUUCUGAAUCGAUUGUUUGUUCAACAGCUGCUGAUAGUGUUCAAUUGCUCUUAAUCAACCUGAAUCAUGGUUUGACACACGAAAGCAUUACGGUCAAACAUAAAGUCGAACAAUUGCAUAAAUACAAAACAAAUACGCCGGCUGUGUGCAGUGGAAUUUCCGUGUAUGAAACAAAUAUUGCAACAGUUGGUGAAGAUGGCAGUCUGAAUGUGUUAUCAAGCCAAGGACGUGUAGUGAAAUCAUUUCCUCAUGUGGACAGUUGUGCCAUUUCAUCUGUGGCUUUUGUUAAUCACAAUGAGAUUUUCACCGGAAAUCGAAUCGGAAUCAUUAAUAUUUUCGACGUAAGAAACCAGGAGAACAAAUCGUCGACCAAAUUAAUCAUAUCGACUGAAGAUGACAAACGAUCGAAUUGUGUUACUUGCAUUACCUACCAUCCAAAUCAAAAUCAUAUUGUUUUAUGUGGCAGUGAGGAGGGUACAUUGACAAUAUGGGACUUACGGCAACCAUCUUUUCCUGCUUCAUACUACACCGUGCAUGAAAAAACUUCUGUUAGCGACAUAGCAUUCCAUCGCACCGAUCCAACCAAACUAUUCACAUCAUCCGAAUCGGGCGAAUUGUUUCAAUGGAGUCACAAAGCCCAACAAAUCACUGAACGUAUCGAUGGACAAUUGACCGUUGUCGAAAAUGAAAAUAUAAAUCCAUGGCUGUGCGGUCAACGAACCAAAUCACGAAUUAAUUUGGUUCGACACUUGGAAGGAAUUGGAAAGGCCAUAAACUGCUUCGAUACUAGCGGCUCGAGAUUGAUUUGCGGAUGCGACAAUGAAGCCAUUUAUCUUAUCAAUAAUGCUUAAUAUAUUAAACAUGUCAUAAUAAAAAUGUGUCUACAGACACCCCAUUUUUUUAUUUUACAAAAUGUAAUUGAUUGUAUGGCAUGCUCAGACGAAGUCAGUGCGUGGCCAUAUUUUAACUCUGCAUAAAAUCCACAAUAAAAUCAUUUGCGACUAUUUAUUCUCUUCCGUCUUGUGAAUUGAAUAAAAACUUGA